UUCACACUGGAGAGAGGAAGUUCACAUGCCAAAAGUGUGGAAAAAGCUUCUAUCAUGCUGGAAACUUUGAAGCACACAUGAGAAUUCACACCGGGGAGAAGCCUUUCAGCUGUAAGCAGUGUGGAAAGAGUUUCAGCCAAAAGCCAAACCUUGAUAUUCACAUGAGAAUUCACACUGGGGAGAAACCUUUCAGCUGUAAACAGUGUGGAAAGAGUUUCAGUCAAAAGUCACACCUUGAUAUUCACAUGAGAGUUCACACAGGGGAGAAACCUUACACCUGCGAACAGUGUGGACAGAGUUUUAGUCAAAAACAAAGCUUUAAAUCCCACAUGAGAAUUCACACUGGAGAGAGGCCAUACACAUGUCAAAAGUGUGGAAAAAACUUUCGUCAUGCAAGAAACUUGGCAGCGCACAUGAGAAUUCACACUGGAGAGAAGCCUUUCAGCUGUAAGCAGUGUGGAAAGAGUUUCAGUAAAAAGCCGCACCUAAUUGCUCACAUGAGAGUUCACACUAGGGAGAAACCCUACACCUGCGAACAGUGUGGAAAGAGUUUUGGUCAAAAACAAGACCUUUACAUCCACAUGAGGAUUCACACUGGAGAGAAACCUUACACAUGCACAGAGUGUGGUAAAAGUUUCCCACAUAUAAGCACACUCAAACACCACAUGAGAACUCACACUGGAGAGAAGCCGUUUACAUGCACUCAGUGUGGGAAGAGUUUCAGCCGAUCAUCACACCUUAAUGAACACAUGAAGAUCCACACUAGAGAGAGACCAUUCACUUGCACUCAAUGUGGAAAGAGUUUCACCCUAUCAUCACACCUUAACCGACACAAGAAGAUCCACACUAGAGAGAAACCCUUUACUUGCUCCCAGUGUGGAAAGACUUUUAACUACUCAUCAUGCCUUAAUGAACACAUGAGGAUCCACACUGGAGAGAAACCAUUCACAUGCACUCAGUGUGGGAAGAGUUUCAGCCGAUCAUCACACCUUAAUCAACACAUGAGGAUCCACACUGGAGAGAAACCAUUCACAUGCACUCAAUGUGGAAAGAGUUUCAGCCGAUCAUCACACCUUAAUGAACACAUGAAGAUCCACACUAGAGAGAGACCAUUCACUUGCACUCAAUGUGGAAAGAGUUUCACCCUAUCAUCACACCUUAACCGACACAAGAAGAUCCACACUAGAGAGAAACCCUUUACUUGCACCCAGUGUGGAAAGACUUUUAACUACUCAUCAUGCCUUAAUGAACACAUGAGGGUCCACACUGGAGAGAAACCAUUCACAUGCAUUCAAUGUGGAAAGAGUUUCAGCCGAUCAUCACACCUUAAUGAACACAUGAUGAUUCAUACCGGAGAGAAACCAUUCACAUGCACUCUAUGUGGGAAGGGUUUCACCCUAUCAUCACACCUUAAUCGACACAAGAAGAUCCACACUAAAGAGAAACCCUUCACUUGCACCCAGUGUGGAAGGAGUUUUGGAAGAAAAGGUGAUCUUAAGAUUCACAUGAGGAUUCAUACUGGAGAGAAACCAUUCACAUGCACUCAGUGUGGGAAGAGUUUUAGCCAUUCUUCAAACUUCAAUCAACACAGAAGGAUCCACACUGGAGAGAAACCAUUCAUAUGCACACAGUGUGGGAAGAGUUUCAGCCGAUCAUCACACCUUUAUCGACACAUGAUGAUUCACACUGGAGAGAGACCAUUCACAUGCACUCAGUGUGGGAAGAGUUUCAGCCAAUCAUCAUACCUUAAUGAACACAUGAUGAUCCACAUAGGAGAGAAACCAUUCACAUGUACUCAGUGUGGGAAGAGUUUCAGCAAAUCAUCAUCGCUUUAUAGACACAUGAAGAUCCACACCGGAGAAAAACCAUUCAUAUGCACUCUGUGUGGGAAGAGUUUCAGCCAAUCAUCAUCCCUUAAUCUACACAUGAGGAUCCACACUGGAGAGAAACCAUUCACAUGCACUCAGUGUGGGAAGAGUUUCAACCAAUCAUCAAACCUUUAUCUACACAUGAGGAUCCACACUGGAGAGAAACCAUUCACAUGCACUCAGUGUGGGAAGAGUUUCCGCCAAUCAUCAUCCCUUAAUCUACACAUGAGGAUCCACACUGGAGAGAAACCAUUCACUUGCACUCUGUGUGGGAAGAAUUUCAUCCACUCAUCACACCUUAAUCAACACAUGAUGAUUCACACUGGAGAGAAACCAUUCACAUGCACUCAGUGUGGGAAGAGUUUCAGGAUAUCAUCAUCGCUUUGUAGACACAUGAUGACCCACACGAUAGAAAAACCAUUCACAUGCACUCAGUGUGGGAAGAGUUUCAGCCAAUCAUCAUACCUUAAUAAACACAUGAGGAUCCACACUAGAGAGAAACCAUUCACUUGCACUCAGUGUGGGAAGAGUUUCAGCCAAUCAUCACACCUUAAUCUACACAUGAUGAUUCACACUGGAGAGAAACCAUUCACAUGCACUCAGUGUGGGAAGAGUUUCAUGAUAUCAUCAUCGCUUUGCAGACACAUGAUGACCCACACGAUAGAAAAACCAUUCACAUGCGCUCAGUGUGGGAAGAGUUUCAGCCAAUCAUCAUAUCUUAAUAAACACAUGAGGAUCCACACUGGAGAGAGUCCAUUCACAUGUUCUCAUUGUGGAAAGAGUUUCAGCCACCUAUCACAUUGUAAUAAACACAUGAAGAUCUCUCGGUGUGAGAGAGUAUGUGUGCUUUGAGCAGAGUUGAAACGGCACCAGAGGAUUCACACUGGAGAAAAACCGUACAAGUGUUCACAGUGCAGCAAAAGGUUUACUCACUCAGGAACCCUGAAAACACAUGAGAGGAUUCACACUGGAGAGAAACCGUAGACAUAAUCAUUGUCUUCAGUUUCACUCAUUCUGGGCAGCUUCAGAGACACAUGGGAUGGUUUCUGGUAUGGUGUCGACAGUGUAGCAGCCUAGAAAGAGCACUACCAUACACACAGGCAUUAAUCCCUCUUUUUACAUCAUAUAUGAUAACCUAAACCAUAUUUAUGUAACAUGGAGGGGGACAAAAACAAAAAGGCUAAGACAAAACAAACAUUGAAACCUGAAAAAAAAUGGAAAUCCACAGAUGAAAAAUCUGAGACAGACGGGAUAGCUGAUAGCCUGUCAGCUUGCAGUGCAGCAAUACAUACAGACAUCAAAACUUUCCGGAUGGAUAUAAAAUCCGAUUUAACCACCUUCCAAGAUUCUCUCGCAAAAGACGUGAAAAUGGAACUAAGUAACUUUAAAUAAGAAGUCUAUCAAAAACUUUAUGGCCUCAUUACGGACCUUAACACAACGGCAGAAAAGGUCAACGAAGCGGAGCAGCGAGUUGGAGAAUUUAAGAAGAACGUUGCUGAGAUGAAAGAAAUGCUCAAAUCAUCCAAAUUCAAGAAAAUUUACAAGAGAAACUGUAAAAUCUAGAAACACGCUCCCGUAGCAAUAAUAUUCGAUUUUUGGCAUCCCGGAAGGAAGCGAAGGGAAUAAUAUCCAAGACUUGAUGGAAACGAUUAUUAAAAUGUUACUUGAUGAAUUGGACCUUAAAAUCCAACAGUGUCACCGGGCACUCAGACCAAAACCACCUGCUGACGCACAGCCUAGAUCAGCAGUGGUAUUCUUCCUGGAAUACAAAACAAUGAACCUGGGGCCUCAUGUAUCAACACAAAAACCUAAAAUCUUUGCUUUACUAAUGAUGAAAUAAUGUGGGAAUGUGUGCAGAUCCACCCAACUUCAUGCCUGGCGUAUGCACAUUUCUUGUGUGUGUUUGUUUUAUUUCCAUUGGUGACUCCUAGAGGCAGUUGUGCUAAAUUUCUCUCUACAAAGUGUCUUUGAGCCGUGCAAUAGCAGCUGUAUGAGACAGGUUCAUCUGCAUGUCUAGCAGGUAUAUAAGUGUAACAUAUAUGCUGGAGAUAAACAUUUCGUUCAACAUUC